GACAGACUUCACGGAGAGUUUGGCCAGUUACUGAAUUGGUUCCUGCCGCCUGCGCCAUGGUCCUGGAGCUCUAUCUGGACCUGCUGUCCCAGCCCUGUCGCGCCAUUUAUAUCUUCGCCAAGAAAAACGGCAUCCCGUUCCAGAUGCAUACGGUGGAUCUGCGCAAGGGUGAGCACCUCAGCGAUGCAUUCGCCCAGGUGAACCCCGUGAAGAAGGUACCAGCCAUGAAGGACAAUGACUUCACCUUGAGCGAGAGUGUGGCCAUCCUGCUCUACCUAACGCACAAGUAUAAGGUUCCUGACCACUGGUACCCCCAAGACCUGCAGGCCCGUGCUCGCGUGGAUGAGUACCUGGCAUGGCAGCAUACAACCCUUCGGAGAAGCUGCCUCCGGGCCCUGUGGCAUAAGGUGAUGUUCCCCGUUUUCCUGGGUGAGCAGGUUCCUUCUGAGACGCUGGCAGCUACACUGGCGGAACUGGAUGUGAACCUACGGGUGCUCGAGGACAAGUUCCUCCAGGACAAGGCCUUCCUUGUUGGGCCCCACAUCUCCCUGGCUGACUUGGUCGCCAUCACAGAGGUGAUGCAUCCUAUAGGUGGUGGCUGCCCCGUCUUUGAAGGGCAUCCCAAGUUGGCUGCCUGGUACCAUCGAGUUGAGACAGUGGUGGGAAAGGAGCUCUUCCGUGAGGCCAAUGAGGUCAUCCUGAAGGUUAAGGACUCUGCACCUGUCAACCUCAUCAUAAAGCAGAAGGUGAUGCCUCGAGUGCUGGCCAUGAUCCAGUGAGGGCAGACCCUCCUCCCUGCGCGAUGCAUGGCAGUUCUCAAAGCCUCACAGCAUGGUUCUUAGACCAGGCUCCAUCUUCUCCCUUUUUCCACGAUAGCCACACAUGACCACAACUAAAUUGCUAGCUUUAACUUUCUGAGUUCGGAUAAUAAACCUAGCCUCGAGUUGA